AUGUGGGAGCUCGUCGUAGCCACCGUGGUCCUUUUCAUCGUGCACUGGCUCAUGAAAAGAAGAGAACACUUCAAUUUUUUUAAGUAUCUUGGCAUACCUGGACCAACACCGAACAUCAUCUUCGGAAACAUGUUGGAGAUGUACAAAAAGUCACCAGUCAAGGCUUAUCGUGAGUGGAUUGACAAGUACGGCGACGUCGUUGGAUACUUCAACGGAUACCGUCCCGUCAUCCUCAUGGCAGAUCUGGACUUGCUCAAGCAAAUUCAGAUCAAGGACUUCCAAGACUUCGUCGACAGAGGCCUCCUGUUCCAAGCGAAGCGCCCUCCAAGCCCGCACAACAAGGGCCUCCUGCAACUCACCUCUACCCGCUGGAAGGAAGUGCGCAGCGUACUCACCCCUUCCUUCACCACCAACAAGCUCAAGAUGAUGUCUCCGGGUGUCAUCUCGGCCGUGGAGAAGCUGGUCUCCAAGUUCGACCACAAGGCAGAGACGGGAGAGGAGUUCGAAGUGGGCGAUAUGUACGCGGCCCUGGCCCUGGACGUGAUCUGCAAGAGCGCCAUGGGCAUCGACUACAACCUGCAGGACCACCCGCGUCACGGCUUCCUGGUCUGCUGUCGAAUGCUGUUCGGCUGCGCCUUCUCCUUCAUCGCCGUGCUACUCACCGCGUUUCCGGGUUCCGCGGCGCUGCUCAAGUUCAUCAAUUCUCGCUGGCUCCGCUACCAAAACAGCGGCGUGCACCCUUUCAUCGAGGUGCAAGAGAAGUGCAAGCGAAUCGUCGGCCAACGACAGCAGGACACAUCGCUCCGUCAAAAGGACCUGCUUCAACUGAUGAUCGACGCAAAGGAGUCCCGCGUCGACCUCGGUUCCGUCACGUCCACCCAACUGACGGCUGGGGAAGAGAACGAGCAGGAACUGCCGAACAGAACCAACACAACUGCCGAAAGCGCCAAUGGCAAUGUGUCCGUCUUCAACAAGGCUGUGCUGGACGACGACGACAUCACGCAGAACGCCUUCGUGGUUCUAGUGGCGGGGUUCGAGACCACGAGCAACACUAUGUCGCUCGUAACUCACAUGCUCGUGCACUACCCGGAAGUGCAGGAGAAGAUGAGGGAAGAGCUGUUCUCAGUCCUAGCAUCUGACGAACCCAUAACGUACAACACCAUCCAGAAACUCACCUACAUGAACUGCGUCAUUCAAGAGACGAUAAGGAUGUACCCGCCCGCAUUUGCGUUCGUGACUCGGGAGGCCGUGGUGAACAAAGAGUACGGCAAGAUUCGCAUCCCCGCCGGUACGGCGGUCAUGGCAGCCGUUGAGUACAUUCACAGGGAUCCACGACACUGGGAAAACCCGGACAAGUUCGAUCCUGACAGGUUCCUUCCCGAGAACAAGUCGCGGAUCAACACCAUGGCCAUGCAGGGCUUCGGCAGCGGCCCGCGCAACUGCAUCGGAAUGCGAUUCGCCCACAUGGAGCUGCGGUACACCUUCGCGCACAUACUGCGGAAAUACCGGCUCGAGAAGACCGAAAACAGCGAGAGGGACCCGCCCAACAUUGAGAUGAACCCGAUCAUCCUAAAGAUCAAGAAUGGCGUCAAGGUCAGGGCCGUGCCACUGUGAUUAGUCGGUCGUCCAACGACGAGCAAACCCUUUGCUCGAUCUCUCCCCCCACCCCUACAUUCUCUCUGCGACGUGCCUUCAAAAAAAGCUGCAUUUUCACUCGUUUUGACCCGACGCGGGGAUUUUUAUACUUCAAAUCCGAACUGGAUUUUACCUCGUGUGCGACCAAAACGCCGCAUAACUUUCCUCCAUGAACCAGCACUUUCAUGAAGCGCGUGCGAACACUGUGAUAUUUGAGCCAGAGCGUUAAAAGCUCGCCUUGUGACAAGUACUGCACGUGAGUAAUGUACAAGUGUUCAAUAAAGAAAAUGGUCUAAAUGGUAUAGUGUGUUUGCGUGUGACAUUAUCUGGCCGUGAAAUAAUUUCUCGCAUAACGCCAUCGUGAGCAGAGCGCAGAUAUGUGUGUGUGUCGUCUUUCUCUGUGUAUUUCGUCUGAGCGCCAGCUGGUCUUGCGAAAUUUGAGUCGCAGUAGGAUCCGCAGUGUUGUUUUCUAUAC